CCGAAUACAUACGGUUUGCUACGCGCGCCAAUGUGUUCGUUGGAGCGCCUGGAGCGCGGAGCGGUCGGUUCCGACGGGUGUCGAGUUUUUUACCCUGCAUCAGUCGUGGCACGCGCGCCAGUUGUGACGGAUAUAUCGUAUUUUUUGUGUUUGUUGCGCUCCCCAUUAUGGAUAACCAAAGUUGCCGAAAAUUAAUACGACUGUAUGGUACAAAAGAACUACUGUGGAAUAGCAAAAGUUCUUCGUAUCAUAAUAAAUCGCUUAGAGAAGAGGCUUGGAGAGAAAUCAGUAGUGAAAUGGGAGUCCCUAUGCCGGAAUUAAAGAAAAAAAUGACUGUGCUCCUAUCAUCGUACAGAAGAGAAAAAUGGAGAAUAUCUAAAAGCCAAAUCACUGGUUCUGGUCGGGACAGUAUUUACGUAUCAAAAUGGUUUGGUUAUGACGACUUCAGUUUUAUGCAAGACAAGUGUACACCAAGUGUUGAAGCCGGAUGCAGUGAACUAGAGAAAGAAACAUUAAAUAUGACAUCGACUGACACAUAUCAGUUAAAAUGGCAUUCUCACAGCUCCCAUUUAAAUGGUUCAGUGGCAUCGUUGCUACGCUCGGAGCGUUUUACGGACGUUGUACUUUGUACCAUGGAUGGGUCUCAGAUACCGGCCCACAAAUUCAUCCUCAGCUCAUGCAGCGUCUACUUCAGUAAUCUCUUCGAAGGACAACGUUCUGUGACGCGUAUGGGGGGAAUACUGUAUGUAGUACUGCCAUCAGAGAUAUCCACAAAAGCCUUAAAGAUUCUCGUAGAGUACAUGUAUAAAGGUGAAACCACAGUCUCUAAUGAAGUGUUAGACAUAGUAUUAAAAGCAGGAGAAGUACUCAAAAUUAGGGGAUUAUGGCGUCAGACAGAUGAGAUUGGAGGUGAUUCUACACCUGCUGAGAAGACCACCACUAGCCCAUCAUCUGCUAAGCAAACUGAGAAAACAAAAGAAGUUUCCAAAAUAGCCUUAAAAAAAGAUGAUAAAAUUCUCAAAACGUUUAAUCCAAUACAGGGCCAGGGUGGGAGACCAAUGUUUAUUGGCCCCCCAAAGUUGGUUUUCAUCAAAACAAGUGAUGGGACUACUCAAGCAGCUAUAAGACCUGGCGUACCAGGAACCAAAGGUCAGACUAUACUUGUGACCCCAGCUCCAGCUAACACGGAAACCACUACAUCCACAAUCACAAUGCCCACACCAACUAUCAGUUUGGCUAUAGAUGAUGCCGAAGAAGGAAUUCCAGCUAGGGUUGUAAAAAGAAAUGUGGCAGAAAAGAAAUAUGGAAAGAAACAAAAGGUGGAGCCUUUGGAAGAAAUUAAGGAUGAUGAUGCAGGCUCUGUUACUUCAAAGAAAUCAAGUCAAAGUAAUUCGGCUGUAGAAGUCCAUGUGAAAGAAGAGCCAGAAUGGGAUGCAAGCAGCAUUGAGGAAGAAGAGAGGUCCAUAGCAGAGAUGUUCCAAGCCGAGAUGAGUGUAAAGUCGGAGCCAUGUGAUGAUGUAGAUGUUGAGGAAGAGGGACUGCUCUACAGUCCACUGUCAUGUGAGCUUUGCGCUGAAGUGUUCUCGGUUCCCGCUGCAUGGGUCAGGCAUGUGCAGCAUCAUGCAGACAAUGAUCAUCAUCAUGCUCGGAAAAGGAAGCGACAAUCAGAUAGCGACGACACAGAAGAAACGACAGCUUUACUCCGCUGUGACCUUUGCCAGAAACAUUUCCCGAACCCAGCCGAAUGGGUGAGACACGUACAAAGCUCGCACACUGAGACAGAAUUGGCCUUAUCAAACAACAGUGAACCACCAAAACGUCACAAUCGUUUCACAGACGGCGAGCAAAACAAGAAAUGCGAACAAUGCAACAAGAUGUUCCCGUCGCAUGCCUCCAUGCUCAUACACUUGCGCACGCACACGGUUUCCGAGAUGUGUGAAGAUAUUACUAAAAGAAAUGCACGAAACUGUAAAAAAUAUCGUUUACGAAAAAAAUCUGCAAAUCCAAAUCAGAGGGUAGUAAUAAAAAAAACUAACUCUGAAAAGUGUCGACAGUAUAGACAACGAAAAAAAUUGCUUGCACAACAAGUACAAUCAAAUAACGAAGCUAUUUAUAUACCAUCAAACUCAAGUUUGCAAAUGACGUUAGAACCUCAGCUUAUUACCACAGGUGAACGCCCAUUCGUAUGCGGGCUCUGCAACAAAGGCUUCAACGUGAAAUCCAACCUGUUGCGUCACCUGCGUACAUUACACGACCAAGUGGUGAGCCCCACUCAGCUCGAUGAAGCUGGACCUUCAGAGCUGAAGAAGGAGACCUGAGCCAGGGGAGGAGGGGCAGGCAGAGGUCGCGGACGUCCGCCGCGUUCGGCGCUGAGCUCAGGCCGCAAAGGCGGCGUGGGCCGAGGCGACGCCGGCGCACUUCGCAAGCAGAGCUACUCGCUCUUCCUCAAGCAGCGAGCCGUUCUCUUCUCCGCCAAGAAGUGGAAAUAGCACCGCUAGUACCGUGAGACGCUCAUUUCAUUUCGUACAUUAAUAUUUUGUUUUAAAUUAAACUACUAAUCAUAGUCAAAGUAUGCUUAUUCAACUCCAUUUAAAUUUAUUCACAACUUCAAGAAAAACUGUCUUAUUCAUAUCUGUGAUUGCAUCUGAUGAUGUGACACUAUUAAUUGAAUUAAUAGAUUGUGUAUCAACUUUUUAUGAGUACUGUAAUGUUUUUUUUAAUCCAUUUAGGAUACAAUACAUACUGAGAAUUUUAAAGCAAAUAAUGCACUUUGGUAAAAUCGAAACGAUUUUUAAUUGUACUGUACUUAAUCGUGAGUGUCUCAAGGUAAAAGCGGGAAUUAACUGCCCCUCCUCCCUUUUAAUUUUAAGAGUAAAUUAUUUUUAUAUCUAGUCUACUAGAUCUCAUUUCUUUGACAAGUAGUCAUUUGAAUAUAGUUUUAGGUAAACAUUGGUUUUAAUAUAAUAUCCAAAGAAUUGUUUUGUUGUUGAACGAAUGUCAACUGUUUUUUUAAAUUUAUGAGACAAUUGCAUAAUAUUUUAAGUGAUAAGUGACAUUUAGAUUUUAAUUUCGUCAUAGGGACAUUAAUUUUAUUGAAGAAACUUAUUUUAUGUUCUUACAUUCCUAUGUGUGGUACUUAAUUUAAUACUCAUGUUUAACAUGUAUUUGUACUAUUUUAUAAAAUAGCGAAGAGAAAUAAAAGUCAGAUAUU